GCAGUGGGUGGAGUUAAGGAUGCCUUAGGUGCUACAGGAGAAGUUGAUGCCCUCACACGCCGGAGCCAUGCGUAAUAAGUGCGGCGAGUGACGAGGAUGCUGGAGCAUGAGGCAGGAGGAGCAGACAUGCGACUAGUCCGUCAGAUCAAAACAGCGAUGAAGAUCCAGGCCGGGGGCGAGCACAUGGGCUGCAGCAAGGUCGGAGAAAACCAGGAGAACCAGGUCAUCUGUUUGCAAUGUCAGGACGAGGUGGUGCGGGUUUGUCCGGGAAGUCCGCGCAGUCCUCGCCGCGCCAUCGCGACGCGCCUCUCCUCCGGAUCCGCAGACCGUGAGCCCAGCAGUAGCAGCUACAAUGCCUCUUCGGGAACCUUCUACAGCUGUGUCAGUCAGAUCACCAUCGGGUUUGACAUUGGGGGUCAAGUGGCCAUUGGGUUCUCCCACUGGAAGAGUCCUUUCCCAGGGAACGGCCAGAAUCUCCCCAGUCCAGACUGCGUUCGCUCUGAGGCCUCUGCCGUCCCGCCCAUCAGCGAGCAUCUCGAGCCCGUGUCCUGCCCGGCGUCACUGUCAAUCACCCCGCUGCCCACGCUCAGUGCCAGUCAGGAGACGCUCUGCGACAGCAGCACGAGCGUGAGUUUAUCUCUACAUGGGUUUGAGCCCAAGCGGCGGAGCCCCCACCGACGCAGAGUCCUGCUGCAGGCCUCGGCCUCAGGCUACCAGGCAGCGGACAGACAUCUCACAUUCUCCUCCUGUGGGAAGGCCGACAUCAUGGAGGAGUCCUCAGUUGAAGCCCCGGACUCCAGCUCUCAAGACGAUGUGCCUCCUCUCGCUGUGAAGGGUGUUAAUGUGCUGCUUGGGAGACAAAGGUCAGAAGGCAUCAGCAGCCCGUCCAGAGACGACGACUCCACCCUGCUGAACCAGGGAACCCACAGCAGCAUCCUUGAUGACAACACAAAGUCCGAUUCUAGCCUCCCACAGGCGAGGAGUAAGUCCAGCGGCCUUUGCUUCGCUGAUGGAAAGAGCCGCAUUGACUACAUCCUGGUUUACAGGAAGUCAAGCUCGCAGUCAGAGAAGAGGGAGAUAUUUGAGCGGAACAUCCGUGCAGAGGGUUUACAGAUGGAAAAGGAGGCUUCUAUAACAAACAGUGACGUGAUUUUUCUGAAGCUUCAUGCGCCAUGGGAUGUUCUGUGUCGCUACGCAGAGCUCAUGAACAUUCGCAUGCCUUUUAGGAGGAAAAUCUUUUUCAUGCAUCGACGGCACAAGUUCAUGAACAGGAUGGAGAAGCGCAUCAACAAAUUUCGUGGGUGGCUUCCCCGCAAGCCUAUGAAGUUUGACGACACUCUGCCCGACCUGGAGGAGAACGAGAGUUUUACUGCCCCCUUCAGUCGAUCGAGGAUACAUCAUUUCAUCAUCCACAACAAAGACACUUUUUUCAACAACGCCACCAGAAGUCGCAUUGUCCACCACAUCCUCCAGCGGGUCAAAUAUGAGGAGGGUAAAAAUAAGAUGGGACUUAAUCGUCUUUUGAGCAACAAUUCAUAUGAGGCAGCUUUCCCUCUUCAUGAGGGGAAAUACCACAGCAAGAACUCCAUCAGAACACACGGAGCAGAGAACCACCGGCACCUGUUGUACGAGUGUUGGGCCUGGUGGGGGGUUUGGUACAAGUACCAACCGCUGGACCUCAUCAGGAGGUAUUUCGGGGAGAAGAUCGGUCUGUACUUCGCCUGGCUCGGCUGGUACACAGGGAUGCUGUUUCCUGCCGCUCUGGUUGGCCUCUUUGUAUUCCUGUACGGCAUCUUCACUCUGGAGCACUGCCAGGUCAGUAAAGAAAUCUGCCAGGCCACUGACAUCAUCAUGUGCCCCAUCUGUGACCAGUACUGCCCCUACCUGAGACUGUCAGACAGCUGCAUCUAUGCCAAGGUCACCCAUCUCUUCGACAACGGGGCAACGGUUUUCUUUGCGGUAUUCAUGGCUGUUUGGGCAACCGUCUUCUUGGAGUUCUGGAAAAGGCGCAGGGCUGUCCUUGCAUACGACUGGGACCUCAUCGACUGGGAGGAAGAGGAGGACGAAAUACGUCCCCAGUUCGAGGCCAAAUACUCCAAGAAGGAGAGGAUGAACCCCAUAUCUGGAAAGCCUGAGCCCUACCAGGCCUUCACUGACAAAUACAGUCGCCUCAUCGUCUCAGCGUCCGGGAUCUUCUUCAUGAUCCUGGUGGUGAUAGCUGCUGUAUUUGGCAUCGUCAUUUACCGUGUAAUCACAGUCAGCACCUUCGCCGCCUUCGGCUGGGCUCUCAUCAGGAACAACUCUCAGGUGGCGACCACGGGAACAGCAGUCUGCAUCAACUUCUGCGUCAUCAUGCUCCUCAACGUGCUCUAUGAAAAAGUUGCUCUUCUUCUGACUAAUUUAGAACAGCCAAGGACAGAGUCAGAGUGGGAGAACAGCUUUACCCUCAAGAUGUUCCUUUUUCAGUUUGUCAACCUCAACAGUUCAACUUUCUACAUCGCCUUCUUUUUGGGAAGAUUUACAGGCCGGCCUGGUGCAUAUCUACGCCUCAUCAAUCGCUGGAAAUUGGAAGAAUGUCACCCCAGUGGCUGUCUCAUUGACCUCUGUAUGCAGAUGGGGAUCAUCAUGGUGCUAAAACAGACCUGGAACAAUUUCAUGGAGCUUGGCUACCCGCUGAUCCAGAACUGGUGGACACGGCGGAAGCUGAGGAGAGAGCACGGACCGAAAGCCAAGGCCAGCUUCCCACAGUGGGAGAGAGAUUAUAAUCUACAGCCAAUGAAUGCCUAUGGACUCUUUGAUGAGUACUUAGAAAUGAUUUUACAGUUUGGCUUCACCACCAUCUUUGUGGCAGCCUUCCCUCUGGCCCCUCUCCUAGCGCUGCUCAACAACAUCAUCGAAAUUCGUUUAGACGCCUACAAGUUUGUCACACAGUGGCGACGACCUCUGCCUUCCCAAGCCAAAGACAUAGGGAUCUGGUAUGGCAUUUUGGAGGGCAUUGGCAUCUUGUCUGUCAUCACCAACGCCUUUGUCAUCGCUGUUACCUCAGACUUCAUCCCUCGCCUUGUUUACGCCUACAAGUAUGGGCCUUGUGCUGGUCAGGGUCGAGCAGGGGAAGGGUGUAUGAUGGGUUACGUCAACGCCAGUCUCUCAGUAUUCCGAGUGUCUGACUUUGAGAAAAGAUCGCAGCCCAAGACUACUGGCUCUGAGCUGUUUGGAGACGCUGUGAAGUAUUGCAGGUAUCGUGACUACAGGGAGCCUCCAGACUCUGCUGAGCCCUACUCAUACACUCUGCAGUUCUGGCACGUCCUGGCAGCCCGGCUAGCAUUCAUCAUUGUGUUUGAGCAUAUGGUCUUUGCCAUCAAGACCCUGAUCGCGUACCUGAUCCCCGACCUUCCCAAGGACCUGCGGGACAGAAUGCGCAGAGAGAAAUACCUGAUCCAGGAGAUGAUGUAUGAGGCUGAGUUGGAGAGACUGCAGAAGGAGAAAAACGAGAAGAAGAAGAAGGAUAAGGCCCAUCAUAAGGAAUGGCCCUGAAUGCACCAACUGGUUAUCAGCUGGUGUUUGGUUUUCACUGCACAGUGGAGGAAGGAGAGGAGCGCUGGGUUUCCUGCAUGAUACUGGACCCUCAUACCUUCCUCCUGCCAUGUCAGACCAGCACCUCCUAGUGGACAGUUGAUGAACUGCAAAUCCUGCAGGGCCACUCAGUGGACACAGAACCCAUGUGUCUGCAUACAUAACAGAUGUCCUCUUGAACAUUUGGCUGCAGGUUUUGCUACUUUUUUUUCUUUUUUCCUCCAGAUAGUUUCUACCACUUUGGACUCUCAACAGCGUAUGUCUUCAGAUCCUGAAUGUAGAUUUCAAGCAAGACUUAACUUUUACAGAUUUCUUGUAUUAGAUGAGAGAAAUAACUCUCCUGAGCUUACUGAAUGACAAACCCUGUUUACAUUUCUCCUUGUUGGAGGAGUUCACAUUUUGCUUUAUUGUAAAUAAAGGCAUUUAAUUGAAUGUCAGGCCAUCUGCUCUGCUAAAGUGUAGUGCAAUAAAAACUAGAGAAUGCAAUUUCUUCAGAAAUUGCGGUGGGAUUGCUGGCUGCUAAAAAGCUGACACUGAGCCGUAUUGCUUCAUGUAGAGUUGGGCGCUAAACUGCAUUGCUUGAAAAGCUGGAAGCUGAACUGUAUUGCUUCAUGUACAGAUGGGAGCUGAACAGAAUUGCCUGAUGGAUGGCUGGGAGCUAAACUGCAUUGCUAGCUUUACUUUAUAUGAAGGAGCAGUUAGUGUGGGAAUAGUUGGAAAGGGGUGAAGGGUGCAAAAUCUAGUGUAAGAAAUGAAAGGUUUAGGAGCUUUAGUUUCAGGACUUAAAUGAGUUAAAGUGUGCAAAGGAGUUGAGGUGUUAUUCAAGAUGAAAUAAGGGUAAAACAGCUUAGAACUACGCCCAAUAACAACUGCAAUGAGCUACUGUGUACUAGAAGUUGAGUUGUAUGUGUGCGUGUGGGUCUAUGUGUGCCUAUGACCAUGUGUCUAUGUCAUUGUUAUCACUAACACCUGUGUUGCUGCCUUAAAGCCUUCUGUGAGAUACAGUAUGUGGCAGCAGUUUCACAGAAAUGUCAGUCAGUUGUUUUUUACACCUUUAAACAUGCAUGCAUGCAUGUGUUUCUCCUAACUGGACAUAUAUGUGGACAUUUCUAAAAUUAGGUCCUUGUUUGAAGGGCCGUGCUUUGUGUGCACGUGUAUCUGUGUGCCUGUGCGUGUGUGUGUGUGUGUGUGUGUGUGUGUGUGUGUGUGUGUGUGUGUGUGUGUGUGUGUGUGUGUGUGCAUCACGUCAGUUCAGAGUCCACCAACUGCAGUUAGCUGGCGAGAGAACCCAGACGGUCAGACAGGAGUGUGACAUGAGAGGCAGGAAGCAAGGAAAAGAGUAAGAAAUAGCAGUUACAGUUAUUUUUAUCUUACAGUUAGUAAAGUGUUCAAAUGUUUGUAAGUUAACACCUGUGUUUAUCUGAAAUAAAGCGACUGUGACACCGCAGUCCAAUCAGAGAAGCAGUCUGAUUGGCUAAACUCAUUCAGCUGUGUGUCCCCGCCCGCAACUGACGGUUGCCAUGGUGAUGGUAACUGCUGAGUGACUCCUGCCUCUGACAGUUCAGAGAUUAAGCAGAGACGGACCACUCAAACGCUAGCUCAGUGGUUCCCAACCUGGGGGUCGGAGCCCCCACUAGAGGUCGCCAAAGCUUCAUGGGGGAUCGCAAGGCCUUCUUGAUUUCAAGGCGUGUAAGAAACGUAAGAAAUAUACACAAUAUAUUUAUACGUCAGCAUUUGGUUUACUUUGAAUAAAAGCUAAAGUAAAGUAAAUUGUUAUGUAAUUUGUCUAAUAGAACAAUAGCCACCAGAGUGUUAAAAAUGUAUUUAAAAAAUACAUAAGACUGACAAAGAGGAAAAUGUUGGGAACCACUGCUCUAGUUUAUUACUCAAACAGCACAAUUCCUAACUCAUGUGUUUGUGGUGUCACGAAUGUGGGAAACUGUGAGUUAAAAAAUUCCCCCUUUCUGCUUUGCUCCUGAACUUUCUGGUCUCAGUUAACAUUGGAGUCAAUGGUGCAGUGGAAUGGUACUCCUGACACUUUGAGGCUUACAGCGCCAAAUGUGUAGGAUAGUUACAUUGUUGGAAAGGGGAUGAAUUUUUCUACAUUUUGAUGAAGAAAUUACGUAUAACUGCGCAGGAGUAAGAGGAAGUUGAGGAGAGUUUUUAAAGAAGAGUAUAACGCACUCUUGUGUAAUGUCGCCCACUCUUAUUUUGAACAUUCUGCACAUUUAUUUCAAAGUAAAAAUAUCCAGUAAAAUGUUACAUAUUUUGGAAAGUGUGAAAGAUACAAACACUUAAGUAGUUCCAAGAAUGUCCUCAAUGAGCUGAACAUUUAAGUUAAACGGUGUGAACAAAGAAGAGUAAUGAAAAGAAACGGAGAAGACCGGAUAGAUGGGAUUGCAGCUACUGCCCAGCAGUCCCACCGAUAAACAGAAACUGAGAAAAACAUAGAUGGGAUUGCUCGGUCAGCAAUCCCACCAAUAAAUGUUGCUUAGAGAUCUAUUCUGUCUGAGCUGUGGCAGUGCCCACAGUUGGCUUAAACUGAAAAUGCUUUCCAUUUGAAACUAGAUGAAUAACUGCAGUAAUAAACAUUAUUUAUUGUAAAGAAA